AUGAAUAUAAGCGAAUUUGAAUUCUUUAAUUAUGCUAAUAAUCUAAAAUAUAUAGAAAUAUUAGACUUAUUUUCAAAAGAAUGGUUUGAAAACCAUAAAAAUAUAGUUUUUAUUAAUGCAUAUUUACAUAGUAAUAAUGAUAUAUUAGAUAAUAUAGGAGAUGAUAGAAUUGAUGUUAUUGUUAAUAAGUUUGAGAUAUUACUUAAAGAAAUAAUUACUAUAUAUUUUAUAAGAUUUAUUAAUUUUGAAGAAGGAUAUAAAAAUAAAAAGGAAUGUUUGUCAGCUGAAGAAAAUAAAGAAUUAAAAAACAUGGAGUGCUUUAAAAAAAAUACAGAUAUUGAAGCAUGCAACAAUUUUCGUAUUUCAAGUUAUAUAUCACUUUAUCAUGAAAUGUCUAUUCUAAACAUUUUUGAGUUCCUUUUAUUUUCUGAUUCUAUUUAUGAAAGCAUAGAUAGCCACAUGAUAAAUUUAUAUGCUUAUAUUUAUUCUAAUUUAGUGGCUUUCUUAAAAACAAGUUCAGAUGAAUAUUUUGUAAAACCUAUGAAUGAGUUAUCUAUAAGUGAGAUGUUAAAAGAAGAAAAUGACAAAACAUAUAACAUUGAUAAAUUAAAAAUAUAUAUAAACGUUAUAAAUACUUUAAGGAAUAUAACUGAUAGAAUUCAUCUUUUAAAUAACACAGUUGUUAAUAAAAUAGUAGAUUAUGACAUUUUAUUGAUAUUAAUACCACUUAUGGAGAAAAAACCAUGGAGAAAAGAAAACUACAUAUUUGAAAAAAAUGAAUGGAUUAAAAUAGAAGAUAAUACUUUAGCAACUGUUGAAAAACAAUUAUGGUUAAUCUUAUACACACUAAUAUUAAAUAAAUCCUGUCAAGAAAAAUAUGAAAUGACUAAUUAUAGAAGGAAUAAUAUUUUAAAAUUAAGAAAAUAUAUGAAUGAAAAUUUGUAUGAACAAAUACCACCUCUCAAAACACUUCAUAUAUUUAUAGAACACUUAUAUAUAUCAAAAAAUAUCUAUCCUGAAAAAAAAAAUUCUUAUUUAAUUAUUGACGUAGUGCCUGAUAUUUUUGAUAAAAUAAAAAAUGAUAUUUUAAAAAAUAAGAAAGAGAUAAUUUCUUUGUUAAAUAAUGUUAAAAUUAAGAAAGAUGUUUUAGAAAACAUAUCUAAUGUGUAUUUUUCUAUUUACGAAUUUGAUCAAGAAAAUAAUAAAAGUAUUAACAAAAGUAGUUCUACUUUUAUCUAUUUCUUAUUAAUAUUAAAAAUUCAUAAUAUAAAUAUUCUUAUUUUAGAAUAUCAAAAUGCUUCCAUAAAAAGAAAUGAAAAAAAAAAAACAACAACUGAAGAAUAUUAUAUAUGCAACAAUUGCAAAGAAAAUGCUGAAUUGCAAUGCUCACAAUGCAAAAGAAUCUAUUAUUGCUCAAAGGAAUGUCAAAUGAAAGACUGGUUUAAUCAUAGAGAAGAAUGCUCGAACGAAUAA